AUGUCUACUGAAUUGGAAGAACUGGUCGAAUUUCUCCACCAUGGAAAUACUCAAAUCAGACAAAUUGCAUGCGAAAAUCUCGUUGGUUUUUCAGUUGCCCAACCCAAUAUGUUUAAGCGCCACCAACUCUUGCCAGUCCGCGACCUGAAACUCUUGGUGCGAGAUUAUACACCCAUCGCUAAAAAUGCCAUAACAAUGCUUGUCAACCUCUCGGCCGACGAAGAGGUGCUGGCUAAUCUUGCAGAGGAUGAUGCUUUCCUCGAGACCCUUCUAGUGAAAUUGACUAAUGUCAAAGAGCCAAAUGCGGAUGAUGUGUCGAUGCUGUUUGCCAAUCUCGCAAAAUCCGACAAGAUGAAGAAACUGCUCACAUUAAAGCGGAAGACACCCGAGGCAGUGUCAAACUCCGCCAAUGCAAUUGACCAGUUGAUGGACUGUUUCGUGAAAGGAGCUGAAGGUGUCCUUAACAAAAACGCAAAUUUCGAUUAUUUGUCUUAUUUAUUUGCCGACCUCUCAAAGUCCGAGGAGGGGCGGUCUUAUUUCACUUCAAGGCAGGACUAUGACGAUGUCUUACCGGUUACGAAACUCACUGUGUUUACUGAGCACGGAAGCGCCAUCCGAAGAAAAGGAGUCGCAUCAACGAUCAAAAAUGUGGCAUUCGACAUUCCAUUUCAUCCCAAGCUCUUGUCUGAGGAGGAGGCCAACAUUCUCCCUUAUAUACUGUUACCUAUCAUGGGACCUGAGGAGUUUGCCGAGGAGGAUUCUAUGACAAUGCUACCGGAUCUCCAGCUGCUGCCGCCCGACAAACAAAGAGAUAGCGAUACUAGUAUCAUUGUAACGCACCUGGAAACCCUGUUGCUGUUGACGACAACACGUGAAGGGCGGGAUAAAUUGAGGGAUGUUAAAUUAUACCCUAUAGUCCGAGAGUGUCACCUUCACGUGGAAGAUGAAGAAGUUCGUGAGUCUUGCGAUAGACUAGUUCAGGUUUUGAUGCGGGAUGAGGAGGGCGAAGAUAUACCUGGACAGGCUACCGAUACAAGAGAGGACAACGACAGUGCAGCUUUGCAGGACGAGGAUCAAAAUAUCGAGGAACUAUUUUAA